UGAGGUGCGAGUUUACGUUUCGGGCACUAAGUAAUUUGCCAGUCUAACUUUCCAUGAUCAAAGGGAUCAGCCUCCUAGGGUGAUCGCCGACAUGGAUGAGUUAAAUGCGAAAGAAAAUUUGUUUCAAUUAUGGAUGAUAUACACUGCAAAGAAUGAUAUCAAGAAUCUUCAAGAGUUCAUCAACUUCUUCCUGGAGACCUACAAGGACCUGGUGGAUGUGGAGUUUGACCACCUCAAUGAAGGAUUUUCAGAAGAAGGUCCACACCUGACCCGACUUCCAGAUGGAAUCCUGGAAAUCCUGGGCAACUACCUGUCAAAAUGUAGUGAUCAGUUCCUGGGGGGCUUCAACAUAGAAGCCCUUGCCUUUGCAGAGAACAUCCUGAAGUGCUUGAUUGUCAUGUGCAGAAAUUAUGACAAUGUGCCGCUCAUAGCUUCUUGUGAAUUUGUGAAUCACACUGUUGUCAUAGCAACUACUGUUGUUGAUCAGAUAUGUCGAGAUAUUGAUGAUCCUGCCAAACCAACUGACGGUCUCCUCUCCUUCGUGAAGCAUGCCCUUCAUCUGUUUGAGUGCCUCUAUGACCCAUACUUCAUCUGGAGGAAGAAACUAAGAUGCUGGAAGAUUGACAACACCAGGUUAAAGUUCCGCCCUGCCUUACUGCAUAAUGAAGUUGUUCCUUUCUUUCAUGAUUGUUUCCAGAAGGAGAAAUUGUCUACUGAUAUCCAACUACGUCUUUUACACGUAUUUGGUGCCAUAAUGUCUGGGGCUCCGCAUAAUGCACUCAAGGCCAUCACCCCGGCAACCCUAGAUGUUCUCCUGAAGAUUCUGUCCACCAAUCAGAAAGAAGGUCCAACCAAUGAACAGCGCCAGGAGAGGCUGUGUCUGAAGGACCUGGUAUUGAAGAACAUUGUGAGGAUGGUCCACACCAUCCAUUGCUGCAGCCCUGACCAGCGCCAAGUGGAAGUGAUUGAGGUGAUGCAGGGGUACAUGCAGGUGCUGCUGGCUCUACAGAAGGAUGCCAUAGACGCCCCCGAGACCGAACACAACAUGCAGCUCACCAUGAUCAACACCAUCAAUGAGAUGAUGGUGUGCAAUGACAGGGCUGCUCUACAGGUGCUCAUGGUGUCGGGAGGGACCUUUAAUGCUUUCAUCUCUCUCUUACAACAAACCUCACUAACAGGCGCCCAGGCCCAGCAGCUGGCAAUGUCUGUCAUUAGAGUGAUGCAGGUCAUCCUCUCAGGAUCCUCCAAUGCCAAGCUGAUGUUUAAAACCAAGGUUGGUUACAUCAAGUUUGUGGAAGUGUUGAAGAGCCUUGGGCAGCCUUCAGUGGAACUGUUGAAAUCUGUGCUCAACCUGGUUGUUGAAGGCGAGUUCAGCGAGAAAGAAAAACACAUCGUACACAACACACAGGCUGCCCUGAUGCUGCUCCAGUGGCUGCCGGACAUUCAGUCACAUGACCUGCAGGUGUGGGUGUCAGAGCGGCUCAAGCUCCUGUGUGGGGCGGGACAAAGGAAUCGUAUGAACUGUUGCAAUGAGGGCAUGAUCAGCACCAUCCUGAUGGUGUUAGACAGGGAGAGGCAGAUCAACCAUAAGGCUGUGGGCCACUUGAUUGGGCUGCUGGAGGCUCUCGGCACACACUCUGUGACAGCAUCUGAGCUGAAGCAGCUCAUCGGACAUCUCCGACUGGAUGAAGAGGAGAAACAGAGGCCGUACUGUACAAGAUUCAUGCGCGCUGUGUCCACCAUGGCGAGGAGAGAGGGCAGGGAAGGAGCGCUGCACUUCUUCGACAUUCAGGAGCCUGGUGAUGGUAUCUCCCUCCCGGGGUUGCGGAAAUGGCCAGGUUCAGGGUAUGCUGUACAUGCAUGGCUUUGUCUAGACGUGGAGUUUGACGUCACUCAUCACAACCUCCCCGACAGGCACAUCUACCGCAGACAACUCUACAAUUUCCCCAGCACCGGAGGUAACGGGUUUGAGGCGUUCUUCACGCCGGACGGAGUCCUGGUGGUGGCAGUGUACAACAAGAAGGAGUACAGCAGCGUUCUCGUCCCAGAAUGUCCUCUCAGAGACGGACAGUGGCAUUGUGUGGACAUCGUGCACACCAGCUCACGGCGGCCGUUUACUCAAAGUCAGCUUACAGUGUAUAUAGAUGGCAAACAGAAGCUCAGCACACAACUCAAGUUUCCAAGCCUCUCGGAGUCUUUCAACUACUCUCGUAUCGGAUCCCCGGGACUGCGGAGUGCCAUGGACAUCCUCAUGGACAUGUCGCAGGCAGAUGGACACUCUGGAGAUCACAAGAAGCAGUCGGCACUCAAGUCCCUCUUCCAAAGUGCCACACGGUCCAGCUCGCAUCAGCCUGGCAUUGACAGCAUUCCUGGGGGCAAGCAGGACGAGGUGCUGGGACCUCCCAUCUCCAUCCACGGACAGAUCGGAUCCAUCUGUGUGUUCCAUGAUGCCCUGCAACCAGGACAAGUUCGAACUUUGUUUUCUCAAGGACCAAAUCACAUGAAUAUCUUCAGUGAGGACCCGGAAGUUUCAGACCUCCUCACAAAGCUUGUUGUUCACUAUAAUGGGAAGGCAUGCAAAGAAAAUGUGUGCGUUGAUUUGUCACCGUAUCAAAAUCAUGGCCAAUUCACCGGACAGAGAUGCAUCACAUGGGACAUCAAGGAUGUGAUCAACUGUAUAGGAGGCAUCCAGGUCCUCUUCCCACUGUUGGAGCAGGUGGACAAGUCGUCUCCGUCCCGCCAGGACAGCACGGACACCAUCUCCCCAGAUAGCUCAGUGUCUGAAGAAACUGAUGACUGGGUCAUUGUGCCCAGUAGCUCUUAUGCUGACACAAAGCUGGAGCAGAACCAGGUUGCUGCCUUCCUGAACCUGCUGCGGAACAUGCUCCAGACGAAGAUGAUGAACCAGGACACCUUCAUCAGGACCCACGGAGCAGCCACUGUGGGAGCGCUGCUGCAGAAGGUGGACCAGAAGCUGGUGGAUGUGAAUGUCCUGAUGGCUGUCCAGCUCCUAGUGGAGUCCUGUGCCUCAUUCAACAAGACUCUGCUGCAGCAUCUCUACCAGUUUGUGUUGUUCGACUUCCGUGUGUGGAGCAACAGUGACUUCCCAGUCAGGAUAGGUCACAUUCAGUACCUGUCCACCAUCAUCAAGGAUGACCGCAAGUACUUCAGGAAGAAGUAUGGAGUGCAGUACAUCCUGGACAUCAUCAGAACAUACUACAGCUCCAGUCUGACCAGUGGUCUGUCUGAGGAGGACAGCAAGACCAUCAGGGUGUCCCUCUUUAACCUCAUCAAGUUCUACAUCAUCAAGGACAUCACCGUGGAGGAGUUGGCACAGAUGAUCAGCUUCCUUACUGUGGUCAGAGAGGAAAACCUGAUCUGUGAGUGUCUGGACGUGUUCCUAUCCCUACUUGAGAGUCGGAAGAAGCAUGACCAGCUGUACCUGCUGCUGUUCGAGCCCGAGAUGGCGGAGAUGCUUUACGUCCUGCUGACCUACAAGAACUACUCUGUCAUAUACUACGAGAAAAUUGUCAAGGUUUUACACAUUCUUCUAAGGUCAGACAGAGUAUAUGAGAAAUCCAAACAGCGUCUUCGUCUGUCUGACUGUGGCCAUCUUGGACUGAUAUCUCUCAUGCAGGGCUAUGAUCUCUCUGUUCCAAUGAUCAGGAGAUUUGUGGAGCAGGUGGCAUUUGUCGAAACCAGUCAGACUUACAAUGCUAUCCUGUCCAUCCUGACCCUCAUCCACAACAGUGGGCUGGACAUCAAGCUGGAGGCCAGUAGACAGCUUCUAUCAAUACUUGUCUCAAAACCUGGGGCAGCUAAGGGAUUUGCUAAGCAACUUUGUUGGCAGGACACCAUUGCUAGGCUGCUGAUACAAGAGCCGCUGACGGGCAACAGUGGGAACAUCUCACAGAUGGUCAACCCUGUUCUCCAGGUGUCAGAGGUUAGGGAUGAGGCACCUGGAGGUGCUGCAAACAGCAAUUUCAUGAAUGGCGACUUAGCCCAAAGACGUUGUUCUAGUCAGAUUAGGGAGAGUGCUCUUCGACCAGAUGCAUUGGACAUUUCUAACAACAGUGCAUAUUCUGAACAAGGAAAUUCCCGAACCCCAAUGACUCCUUUGUUCAUCCAGUCACAACGUUUCGACGAUUUGAAUAUGUCCGAAGAGGAAAGGUCAAGGUCGAUGAGUCGGAGUUCAAGUACAAGUGUAGAAGAUUUAAGUGCUAUUGGACAACGUGCAGCAGAUCACAGGGAUUCUUUGUCUCAAAGUCAAAGCAGCAUGUCUCUUAGUGAGAGUAUACCUGACCUCGCGCAGGAGGGUGGAAAUGAUUGUCGGAGAGAGUCUGUUGCUCAGGCGGAGAAUUUUCAGCGUGCACUGGAUAAUCUUGGUAUACAGAAGAUCUAUGUGCGGGAUGCGGUGGAGCAGACAGAGGAGCUGUGUCAGAACGUGCUCAUCAUCCACCUCACCAUCAUGUGGAAGGGGAUCGAUGGAUCAGACAAAAAUGUCUGGAGGGAUCGGGGUGAGGUGUUUGCCUGUAUAGACCACAUCUGUGAUACUCACAUUCUAGUCCGUCCAAAACAUGAGCUGAAGAGGCGUCUACUGGAGAUGAUGCUACACUCAUGUACCUCUGACAUCAAGGAUACGGGUCAACCGAUAGCCGUCCACACAGAAAAUGCCAUUGAGUUGGUGAGGAUCGUGCGCAAUUUUGUGACUGAUGACAGCUGUGAUAAUGAGGUUAAAUACAGUGAGAGGCUGCUGGAGGAUGUCAUGUCCCUCCUGGACAUCCUGGGUGUGUGGGAGGUGGAGACAGGCCUUGGCUGGAAGGAGAUGGUCCAUUUAGGACUCAGUAUACUCCUGGCUUUUGCCAAACACCCUAACCUGGAUAUGUGUGCAGUGGCAACUGCUAAGCUCCAUGCACUGGUGCAGACCAAGCUCAUCAGCAGCUCUGCUGAGGCCUCUUACAUCAUUGGCACAUUGAACUCCAUCAUCAUCAGGGCUGUGGAUGAGAACACCGACAACUACUCGUUCCUCGUCCCAGUACUGAAGGCCCUUGUGGACAAGGCUCACACACUCCUCAACAUAGAAGUGAACCUCCCCAACCUGCCCCAGACCACCAUGAGUCCUACGUUCUUCGAUGACUUCCGCUCCUACUGCCACACCGAGGAGUGGAAGACGUUUGUCACAAACUAUAUCUAUCCACAAAGACAUCAUUUUGUUGAGUCCAGCUUUAGUGAGUCUCACACAGCUACAAACGGCUUCUGGCGUGAAUGCCAUGAAAACAUGAUGCUGAACAUGCACAAGAGGAACAGAGACAUCGGUGACAGCAAGCUCCGGUUCCAGGCACAAGUUUUAGACCCUUUCAAAGCUAAAUCCUCCCAGGAAUACCGCCGAUAUCAAAAUGUCUCAACACAGCUGAGAAAUCAGCAUCUUUCUACUUUGAGGAAAUGGCGGGCCAACAAGAGAUUCUUCACCGGGGAGCGAGGAGGCUGGCAUCUGACGAAUGAACAUGACGUCCACUGGAAACUGUCCAGCCAAGAGAACUUCAUGCGGAUGAAGGUGAAGGUCAUACAAAACUACAACUUCGAGCCUCACAUCGAGGCCAGCAGACAAAGGGACAACUUGGGUGUGUCUGACCUUGAGAACCCAGAGGUGAAGACAAUCAAAGUUGCUAAAGAGGCCCUGGUGUCGAAGGAGAACAUUGCAGAUGAUACUCUUGGGGAUGAAGACUGGAAUGUCAUCAGUGCUUCAAGUGCUGCCAGCGAGGAGUAUGUUGGUAAAGAGAAGCUGGUCUUGUCUGAAGAAUGUGAUCUUGUCACAUUAGUGGAGGUCAUAAAAGGUCGUUUGGAGGUCACAACAACUCAUGUCUACUUCUUUGACUGCACCUUUGUCAAGGAAGAUGGAGGGGAGGAUUUCAAGUGGGCUCUGUCUGAGUUGCGAGAGAUUCACUUCCGCAGAUACAACCUCCGCCGCUCAGCCCUAGAGAUGUUCCUCAUUGACCAGACCAACUACUUCAUCAAUCUACCCAACAAACAAGUAAGAAACAAGAUCUACAGUCGUAUCUUGAGCCUCCGUCCAGCCAACCUGAGCUACUAUGGCACCCGUUCACCAGCAGAACUUCUCAAGGCUUCAGGCCUCACACAGAAAUGGGUUCAGAGAGAGAUCUCCAAUUUUGAGUACCUGAUGCAGCUGAAUACAAUUGCAGGUCGGACCUACAACGACCUCAGCCAGUAUCCUGUGUUCCCAUGGAUCCUGCGUGACUACACAUCUCCAACCCUUGACCUUGAGAACCCGAAAGUGUAUCGCGACCUCAGCAAGCCAAUGGGGGUCAUAAACCCUAAAAAUGAGCAUGAAGUCAGAGAAAAGUAUGAAACGUUUGAGGACCCAACAGGUACCAUAGAGAAGUUUCACUACGGCACCCACUACUCCAAUGCUGCUAGUGUGAUGCACUACAUGCUGAGGAUGGAGCCGUUCACCACGCUGCACAUACAGCUGCAGAGUGGCAAAUUUGAUGUGGCAGAUCGUCAGUUUCACUCUAUCCCAGGCAGCUGGCAGUCACUCUAUGAAAACCCCAAUGAUGUGAAAGAACUCAUUCCUGAGUUCUUCUACCUUCCAGAGUUCCUUAUGAACUCAGAUGAGUUUGACCUGGGUCGUCUGCAGCUGACAAAGGAGAGAGUUGGGGAUGUAAUUCUGCCGCCCUGGGCGUCCACACCCGAGGAGUUCAUCAACCUACACAGGGAGGCUCUGGAGUCUGAGUUUGUGUCUAGAAACCUCCAUCACUGGAUUGACUUGAUAUUCGGCUACAAGCAGAAAGGCCCAGCUGCUGUGGAUGCUCUCAAUGUCUUCUACUACUGCACCUACGAAGGAGCCGUGGACCUGGAUGCCAUAGAGAAUGAGAAGGAGCGGAAAGCCCUGGAAGGGAUGAUCAACAACUUCGGCCAGACACCAACACAGUUGCUCAAGGAACCACAUCCAAGAAGAUUGGCUCUUGAUGAUGCUGUUACCAGGGCAACUAAAACUGGGAGACCACUCAGCAUUUUCAACUUUCUUUCCCAAUUGAAACCUUUCUUUGUAGAGGUGUCCAAUGACCAGGACCCGAUGGUCUACGUGAACAUCCCUCGCAGUCAGUUCCGAUCCAUCAUUCAGCAUGGCAUGCCAGACAACAUGAUUACAGUGACUGAAAAUGGCAUAAUUGGCAUGCAUGGCUGGCUGCCAUUUGACAAGUCAAUCUCCAACUAUUAUACAUUUGAAAAAGAUCCGUCCAUGUUCAAUGCCAAAACCAAGAAGAGAGUUGGAGGCCCAUUUGCACCUGGUAUACGAGUAGUCCCGAAGUUGUUUGCAGUGUCACAUGAUGCUAAACUGUUGUUCAGUGUGGGUUACUGGGACAACAGUCUUCAGGUCUACCAUCUUGGGAAAGCGAAGCGGAUCAACCAUAUUGUCAGACACAUUGAUAUUGUGACAUGUUUGGCUCUUGACUACUGUGGCAACCAUCUCAUCACUGGUUCCCGGGACACGACCUGCAUGAUCUGGGAGAUUCAGCAGCAGGGUGGAGUCAGCAGUAACGUGUACAACAAGCCUGUCCAGACUCUGUAUGGCCAUGAUGCGGAGGUGACCUCAGUCCACAUCUCUGUGGAACUAGAUCUGGCUCUCUCAGCCUCAAAGGAUGGGUCAGUGAUUAUACACACAGUAAGGAAAGGCCAUUACAUGCGGACACUCCGCCCUCCAUCUGACCCUGGGUCAAGGCUUUCUAUUCCCAUGAUGCUGGUGUCCGAGAUCGGCCAGAUUCUGUUAUACUGCCAGGAGUACACCGCCACAUGUGAGGAACGCUUCACCUUGAACCUGUACUCUGUGAACGGCAAGCACCUUUUCACGGAGGAUAUGCGCUACCCACUGGGACAUAUGGCUGUGGCAGGACAGUACCUGGUGGCUGGGGACUGUCAGGGACACCUUAUGUUCAAGCAGCUUUUCGGCCUGAGGAACCUGACCACCCUUCAGCUGCUUGUCCCCAUCCACUGUCUGACUGUAACCAACGGCAACAGUCACAUCCUUGCUGGACUUCGUGAUGGUAAACUCAUCAUCGUCGGCACCAAAGGCAAGCCGGAAAUACGAUAACAAUGCUCUGAACUUCAGUGGCCAAGUUUCAACAACCAACCAACGUGAAUUGGUUGUAGAGGGCAUCUCAUGUGACAUGUCAGCCAUGACGUCUUCAUGACACCAGAACAGGGGAGCAGAUGACAAGGCUGUAAUCAAGAACAGACAAUUCAUUAAUGAAUAUUUAUUUGUCAAAGUGGCAUCAGCAUAAAUGGCUAGGCACUUAUGAACCAGUAAUAAACAUCUGUGUCAGUGGAAGAUGUCCAGUGGUAGAAUCCAGUGUCGAACUGGUCUUGUGGUGUAAAAUGUUAACAAUAGCUUUGACAGCAACCAGGUUUUGUAAUGUCCAAUGUGAACAAUAGUUUUUACAGCAACCAUAUAUUGUAAAGGUCUUCUGAUAUCUGAUGUUAGCAUUGGCUUUAUUAGCAACCAGGCUUUAUGUCGGGUAUAAGUUAUAGCUUUGACAGCAGCUAGGUUCUGUGAUGUCCAAUGUGAAAUAUAGCUUUGACAGCAACCAUAUUUUGUUAUGUCAGAUAUUAGCAAUAGGUUUGACAGCAACAAGGUUUUUUUGUCCUGUCAGAUAUUAACAAUUCCUUUGACAGCAGCAAGGUUUUGUGAUGUCUGAUUAUAACCAUACUUUGCCAGAACCUAGGUUUUGUGAUGUUCACUGUGUCAGUCUGGUUCUGUUAUGCAUUUCAUAAAUAUUUUAUUUUGGAAGAUUAUAACAAACCUAGUUGAUUGUUUUUUUGUUUAAGACCAAUGGAAAAACUGCAAUAACACUGUACAACGGUUGGUAGCAGCAUGUUUUGUGAUGAGUAAGAAGUCAAUGUUGACCUGAACAUCAACUGGUUUUGUGAUAAAUAUUGUUAAUGUCAACUGCAAUAGCAAUGUUUUGUGACAAGAAAAAUGUUAGUGUAGUGCAGGUUACAGAACAAUUCUGUGAUGAAUGUUGUCAAUAAUUACUACAACGUGAUACUGUCAGUGACUGCACCAAAACCAUCACUUUUGUGAUAUGUAUAUUUCAACAUUAUCUCCACUAAUGGUUGAGGUCAGUGUCAUUUAUCUACUUUGCGCCAUGCCAAUUUUUUAUGAUUAUUUUUUUGAAUCGGUGCCAAUGAUGGGCAGUGAUGCUGUACAAAUGAGUGGUUGAAUGUUUUAUCUGUUUAAGCAACCUAUCAAUGUGUUUCCAUCCAAGUGUCCUUUUUACACUCAUCAGCAUGUCAAAGGUUAUUACAAGAAACUACAGCAACACUCAGUUGUGUUUUUGUUUAGUCUUCAGUGUUCCUGGAUACAACAUCACAAUGAUUCUUUAAGGGUUUGAUAUUUAAACAAAAUUAAUCAAAUGAAAAUGAAUUUAUCUGAACAUAUAAAAUUGUCCCAGAUGGGUUUCUACUCCUGUACCGUAGACUGGACAAAGCUAAUACAAGGUAUCAGAUCAUUCACUUUCAUACGUGGGGACCCAUAUGUAGUCGGGCAGUCUGCCAACCAUAUUUCCUUUUUUGAACUUGGAGCAUGAAAGCAAUAAUCGCAAGACAACAAGAAUUUAUCAUGUUGAAAUCUUAAGUUUUUCAAAAUAUUUCUUUCUAUAAUAUUUGGAAGUGUAAAUCAUCAAGAAGCAAUUUUGGCAGCCGUGAUAGUGUGCCAUGUGGUUUCCUGUAUGUAUCUGCUCAGCACGCCUCAAUGAACGGUUCAUCUGUCACUUCUCCACUGAUAUGUCUAUGUCCAUGAACGGUUCGUCUGAGUCCAUAUUUCAGCGACAUGGUAUUACCUGUUACUAUGGCAGGCUACUGUUCUUCCCAUGAUCUGUGUUAUUGCUUUUCAAAUAAUGCACAUAUGGCAAAGUUCAGCUGGUUAUUGCUGCAGGAUGUUGUUGAUAUUGAUGUAUGUAGCUUCUGUAAAAUAUGUCUAUAUGGUUAUAUGACUUCUAGAAGGAUGUAUUCUGUACCCUCCAUUGUUUCACUUGCCGUUGUACUUCAUAGUGCAAGAUCAGAGUUGCAAUUGCAAUGAUACUUUUUUGUAAUACGUUUUUUUGCAUAUUCUCAGAAAUGGGACUGCCCUUAUGUUUUGAACUCUCCUGACUGAAAGUCAGGUGAGCUUAUGUCAUGGCCUGGUUGUCGUGAUCUAGCCAACAGAACCACUGGACCAAUGAAGCUGAAACUUCACAUGCUUGUUCCCAACAAUGUUGACACCGGAAUUUGUCGAAGAGGUUCAAAUCCAAGUACCAAUAUGGCUGCCACUGUGGGCAAAUUGACAAAUAUAUUUAUGACUAUUACUCUGCCAUUUUCACUUCAAAUGAAAUGAAAUUUGGUGUGUACCGGGUAUGUUGCUUGUAGGGGAGCUCAACAUGUGUUCCUUUUUUUGCUAUUAAAAUUUGACCUUUGAACUUCAAUCAUACAAAAAAAAUGUAAACGUUCUAUGGCCAUUGUUCAGCUUUCUUUGUUCAAAAUGUAAUCAAUUUAGUAUAUAUGUAGUAAAUAGUGGGGUUCAUCCCAUAUGUUACAUUUUUCAUGAUAUUUUAAAAUUUGACCUUUGCAUUUUUGCCAUGCAACUAAAUUCACUCAAAAUGCAAUUUCUUGCUCUGUAGAAAUUGUCUCCUCAGAAACCAGGUUUCAAUGUAUCACAGCAGCCUUAUUAAAACAGUUUUUUUAUGGAUGUGACAUGAUCGUUUUGUUCGGAAUGUAAUGGAAUUUAAUAACUGUUUAGGUAGUAAAGGGCAUCAAAACAUAUUCCGAUUUUUGCGAUAUUUUAAAUUUU